UACGACGCAGAUUCUUAUUCCGCUGUUCUCACAAAAAUCAUUGCACGAGCUUCUCCGCACGAGCUUUUCCCACUCCCGCUUCUAAGUGAGCCUUGCGGAGGAGACUUAACGGCUCCUUUCACUCUCAAUAAAUUUCACUCUUUCACAAGUCGGCGAGUCCGCUCGAAUCGAUCGACUUUUCGAGGGCAAGCGUCGACCAAUUGUCCCUUCGAUCCUCGGCUGCUAACUCAGCCUGCUAGUUUGGCGAGGCGAAAUCUCCAAAUAUAUUUAGCAGUGUAUAUAAAAACGCAACAGCCGAUAUUCUCAGAGCAGGAAAAUGACUCUAAUAACGAAUCACUGGGGCCUGGACGGCAUAAUACUGCUGACGACUCUCAUGGUGGCCGCUUACCUUUACAUGACCCGCAACUUCAAGUACUGGAAGAGACGUGGCGUUUUGGAAGUGUCGCCGGUGCCGUUCAUAGGAAAUUUCACGGAAUGCAUGCUCAUGCAGAAGAACCCGGGAUACUUCAUGAAGGAUCUCUACAACCACGCCAGGGGACUGCCCUACAUAGGGUUUUAUGUUUUCGACAAGCCGAGCCUGCUGGUGUGCGACCGUGAGCUCGUGAAGAAUGUCUUGGUGAAGGACUUUAAUCACUUCUCCGACCGGUACGGCACACCGGACACGAACGACCGAUUAGGUUACGCCAAUUUGUUCUUCAUCAAAAAUCCUGCCUGGAAAAUCCUCCGGACGAAAUUAACACCGAUCUUCACGUCCGGCAAGCUGAAGAAAAUGUUCGGACUGAUGCUGGAGUGUGGCAAUAAUCUAGACAUAUAUAUCAACUCGCUAAAAUUAGAGGGUAGCUCAAAAAUGUUGGACGUGAAAGAAUUAAGCGCCAAGUUCACCACGGACGUGAUUGCAAGCACCGCUUAUGGGCUCAACGUGAACUCGUUGAACAAUCCGGACGCCGAGUUCCGAAAGUACGGCAAGAAGAUGUUCCACUACGACUUCUUCCGCGGCUUAGAGAUCCUCGCGGUAUUUUUCCUGCCGAAUUUGGUCCGUUUGACCGGCGUAAAGAUGUUCGGCAAAGAAAGCACCGAUUUCCUGCGCAAAGCCUUCUGGGAGACGAUGCUUCAACGCAUGGAAUCCGGCGAGAAGAGAAACGAUCUCAUCGACAUUCUCAUUGAACUGAAGAAAACUCACAACAAUCAGGACAUCGGGGGAUUCAAAUUUGACGGGGACGACCUGGUAGCGCAAGCGGCUGUGUUCUUCGCAGCCGGUUUCGAGACCUCUUCAACAGUGACGGCUUUCACGUUAUAUGAGCUCGCUGUACAACCUGAAAUCCAGACGAGGCUGCGAAAGGAAAUUAUCGAAGCGCUCGACGAGACCAAUGGAGAAAUCACGUACGACAUGACUCUAUCGCUACCGUAUCUCGACAUGGUGGUCUGCGAAACGUUGAGGAAGUACCCGACGUUACCGUUCUUGGACCGCACGACAGUGGAGACUUACAAAAUGCCGAAUUCUGAUCUCGUAAUCGAGAAAGGUACGCCGAUCUACAUCUCGAUGCUCGGCAUGCACUAUGACCCGGAAUACUUCCCCGAUCCCGAGAAGUACGAUCCGGAACGAUUCAACGAGGAGAACAAACGCAAUAUACCGUCGUGCGCCUACUUCCCGUUCGGAGAAGGUCCACGCGCGUGUAUAGGCACUCGCUUCGGGCUUCUGACGACGAAACUGGCGCUCAUCAAGAUCUUCAGCAAGUGCGAAGUGACGCCGUGCGAAAAGACCAUGAUACCGAUUAUAUUAGACCCGAAAGCCUCCUUCGCGUCACCGUUGGGCGGCAAAAUAUACCUCAACAUCCGGAAAGUUAGUGAGCCAACUGAGAGCCUCGAUAGAACCGAGAUCGUUUCGUCCGCUUUGUACAAAUCUUAGAGUUUAUUAUAUGCGACUAGUGUAAUACUUUAUAAUAAGCGCACGAUUCACUCAUCGUGAAUUUAUAACGACAAGUAUAUUGGGAGUACAAAUUAGUUCGGUCCGCUUUUUU